AUGGUGAUUAAAAGCACAGGCAAGAGCUGGUUCAAAUUUUUUCAAUAUGAGGAAGACAGGGACUCGCCUAGUGACGUCCGAAAUCUUCUUCUAAUAGUUGCCACCCUCAUAGCCGCCGUGACAUUCCAAGCAGGAGUCAAUCCUCCCGGUGGAGUAUGGCAAGAAACUAGCCAAGGACAUAUUGCUGGCAGAGCUAUUUACGCAUCUCAACCACCAGCCUUCUAUGUUUUCUUGAUUUCUAACACUCUUGCUCUUUCAGCUUCAAUACUUGUGAUCAUCUCUCUAACCUACGGAUUCCCUUUCCAACUUGAAGUAAUUGUUGCCACAAUUUCGAUGAUCGUGACUUACGGUUCUGCAAUUUUUGCUGUUACUCCAGGAGAAUCAGUAAGGUUUCGUUAUGUCGUGGCUGCAGCUGCAGUGCCUUUCGUGAUUCGGUGCCUGAUUUAUAUGUUCAAUAAGUUUAGGAAAGAAUAG